AUGUUGGGGGGUCGUCGUCUCCAGGAUACGGCCCGGAGCCUGGCGGAUCUGCGGCCGCAAGAGCGCCGUCCGUCCUGAGAUGGCUGUGCGUAGACAGGGACGCGGCGCUGUUCCGCGCUGGGCAGCCGCCGCUGGCGGGCAAUGCGGCCUUCUCCGCUCCUGCGCUGAGCUCCGAGAGGACGGCGCAGAGUUGCAGGGGCCGGGAAGAGUCCCGCCGGGCCGCGGCAGGUUCCUGAAGGCGCGGAGUGGCGAAGCGCCCGGAGCCACGAGCGCUCAGCUCAGCGCUUCUCACGCGAGAUCGAAUUCAGUUCUGAGGAAAGCGGCGCAGCUGCAAAGCAAAAUCCUGAGUCGGAAAAAGCAGCUGGAAUUGCAGAGCGCUGAGUUGGGCCGGAAGCCUCUGGGUGAAGAUUCCUCAUCUGCUUCCAGUCUUGAGCACCGCGCAAGAGGCAAGAAAUACUUGAAGGGCUGCGCUGAAGUUGGUCAGAACGUGGCUGCCAGCGGGAGCUGCUCUGAGGAAGAGGAAAGCGCCCAAAGCCCCACAAGAAACGUUGCAGUUACACAACAGCUUGGUUUGGGCGGUGCUGAGAGGGAAAGGAGAAAAGUCACGGAGAGCUCUUUGGAGUUUUCUUGUGGAAGGGGGAACCAAAGGUGUGUUACAGCUGAUUCCAGGUGGGGUAGAAAGAGUAAGAAUCCAGUUUCACCAGGAGCGCCUCCUCCAUCCCACAAGGAAAUUCCACUGACAGAGGUACCCGAAGUACUUUCUCUUCACAGCAAAAACUCAGAGAAAAUCGUUUUAAGUGGAAGUAAUUUGUUAAGAUCUCCACUGGCCAGCAGAAACCAGUCAGCACAACGUAAUCUGAGAUCUCAAUCACCAUCUUCUUCCGUGAAAGACAACACUGUAAAAAUUACUUUGCCCAGAAGAAGCAAUGCUAAGCAAAGUCAAUUGUCAGAGAGAAGUGAUGGAAGUGAAAUAAAAUCAUUAGAUGAGUUAUUUUCAAAAGCAGACGAUGUGGAAGAUUCAACUAGCAUAAGCUCAAAUGACUUCAGGCAGAAUAUCCUGAGCCUUGAUGAUUUGGCACCAAAUACCAGCGGGAUGGCAGAAUUAAAGCAGCAAGGGACAGACACUCAAAUUAGUCAAGAAACAAAUAGAAAUCCAAAAAAGGACACAUUCCUAGGGGAAAAGGAUCCAACUUUUUCUAAAACAAGUGCAGAAAUUGGUGCAGCUGAUGCUUCUGAAAGGGAUACUGAAAACGUGACUGAAGCUGAAAUCCCUGAGCAUUUAGGAGAAGUUUCUGCAGGUUUUUCUAGACACAGACAGGAUUAUCCUGAUCAUGAUGACAGAACUGUUAAUUCAGAAUAUUCUGAAGACUUUGAACCAUCUCCACCUACAACAGACAGGGAAACUGUAACAAAAAUGUCAGAGGAACGUUCUGAGAGUUACACGUAUUCUGGAAAAGACCCAUCUUCUUCAGCAUCGUCCCCUUUACUUACCAGAGAGAGGCACAAACAGGCACACAGAGUAGCUGUAAAGGAAACUGCAGCUCAGACAGUGGAUUUUCCGUUCACCUAUUGCUGGCCAAGGACAAACAGCUCUGCACUGCUUGGUCUGCCUGUUGGAAACAGCUACGUUGAUCCGGUGCCUAUUGCCAGUCAUGUCAUCAGCAUGGAUGCAGUGGAAGCCUUAACAGCAUACAGUCCCUCAGUUCUUGUUUUAAAUGCCAUGUUAAAACAGCACUUGAUGUUGACCCAGCAAUUUGUGGAGAACAUUCAGCACCUUCACUUGUCCCUUGUGGAGUCUUUAGAGAACGAGAAGUUCCACUAUCAUACGCUGGAAGAGGCUAAAGAGUACAUCAAGAGUCACAAAUCCCCACCUUUAACGAUUGAACAAGCAUUUGAAGAAAUCCAGGAAGCGGAAGAGAUGCUGCCACCAUCAUGAAUGCUGAAACGUUCCUUUACAGAUCUCAAGUCAGAACAAGAAACCCUGUCAGACUGCACAGAUAAAAAGUUGCAAACCAUGUACCAACUGCUCUGUUUCUUGUAAUGCAUCUUUUGUUUUCCUGCUUGUUUGUAUUUUUUCACUACUGUUCAUGGUGCAGGGAUUGAUGAGAGCUAUGAGUCAGCACGGUUAGCAAAGAAAACCAAAAUAGCUCUUAUCUGAAAGGAUCGGGGUAAGUUCUGUGUGUUUAUCACAUAGAUCAGCUGCUCUUUUAUCAUAGUAAAAGUGGAAGUCUAUAGCAGAGCAUCAAGGACUAUGAUGACAGCAGGAAAAUACCGUCCUGUUAGAGCUUCAUUGAAGCAUCUUAUCAGAUUACUACAAAACCCAACAUAGGCAGAGUUACAGUAAAUUCAGUACAGGGAAACUUAUAGCCUAAUACUGAAAUCCAUUUACUGUGAAAUACGAAGCACUAUGUUGUUUUUUAUUAAAAAAGGUGUUUAUUGGAAGGCAAAACAAUAAAAUUCACAAGUUGGUAACA